AUGACGCAGAAGGUGGACGUCAAAGACAUCGUUGUCGACACCGACCUGGAAAAGACAGAUGUUGCCAAGGGAGACAGUGAGCUCUUAGGAGCGAACGAAGAUGUUGGUUACCAUCGGUCGCUCAGUAGUCGUCAGAUUAUGAUGAUGACCUUCGGCGCUGGUGUGGGAACUGGCUUAUGGGUCGGUACAGGUACUGCACUGAAGUAUGCUGGCCCUGGUGGCAUUGCCGUUGCAUACACCAUCACUGCAUUCAUAGUGUACUUACAGUAUACCUCGAUCGGUGAAAUGACGACCUUCAAGCCGGUCCAUGGAGGCUUUAUUAGACAAUGCAUUGAAUACGUGGAGCCCGCAUUCGGAUUCGCGGUCGGUAUCAAUUUCUGGUUCUCGUGGGUGAUUUGCAUUCCUGCCGAAAUAACUGCAGCUGUUUCUGUGCUUGAAUUCUGGCCAGCAACAGAGGUUGUCCCACUUGCAGCGUAUAUAACUAUCUUCCUGGUAGUCAUUGCCGCAGCCAAUUGUUUCGGUGUCCGGAUCUACGGUCAUGUUGAGUAUAUCAUGUCUUUCGUCAAGGUUUUGGCGAUAUUUGUCAUGAUUUUCUUCAUGUUCAUUAUGACUUCGGGCGGUAUCCCGGCCACACAUGGCCCAAUCGAAUUCCGCUACUGGCGCAAUCCCGGCGCAUUCAACAAUGGCAUCAAAGGUAUCUCUAAGGCGUUUGUCCAAGCGCUGUUCAGCUUCGGUGGCGGAGAGCAUAUCGCAGUCAUUGCUGGAGAAGCCAAGGACCCCCGCCGGACCAUCAAGAGGACUGUAUACCCCGUGUUUUGGCGCAUGUUUUCGUUCUUCGUGGUCAAUAUUUGGCUCGUGGGAAUGUGUGUUCCUUACGACGAUGAAAACCUCAUCAAUGGAAGUGGCACAUUAGGGAGCCCGUUCGUCAUUGCCAUUGAGCGUGCAGGCGUGAUGUGGCUAGCGCACAUCAUAAACGGCUUCAUAUUCUUGACAGUGGUUAGCUGUGGCAUUACCAGUGCCUACAUCGCUAGCCGCAGUCUUGCAGCCUUGUCUGACAUGGCCAUUUUGCAUCCUUUCUUCGGCCGCAAAGACAAUGUCGGGAGGCCCUACGUCUCUCUAGCCCUCAGCCUCACUAUAGGAGGGGCUUUAUGCUACCUCAACUGUAGCGACACCGGAGCUACCGUCUAUGGCUGGUUCUCAUCUCUGGUAUCUGUAUCUGCCUUAUUCCAAUGGUCGGGAAUCUUCAUCUCCCACAUCCGAUUCCGACAAGGUCUUGCUGCGCAGGGUAUCGAUAGAAAGACACUGCCUUUCCGAGACCGAAUGGCUCCUUACGCCCAGUAUCUUGGUCUCGUUGUGGUUCUCUUCAUCGCAGGAUGCGAAUUUUACUUAGCGUGCUUCCCCUUCGGCGAGAAGGGGUCUGCAAAGACUUGGUUUUCAUCCUACAUCGCGGCGCCUCUAUUCUUCCUAGAUUACUUCGGCUACAAGAUCUACUAUCGCUCCAAGCUGGUACGGCCGUCAGAAAUGGACUUCUCGGCGGCAGCUGCUUUUGAUGAAGAAGAUCGGGCGAGGGCGGCUGUUGGUUAUGAGGCAGACACCGGAACAAUGAGCAAGAUUUGGCAGUACAUCAAGAAUCUUAUUUUUGGCUAG